GCUUCUAUCCCGGAAGUUGAUGCCGAGCGCAGAUCGCUUGUAGCUUGCUAGCUGUGUGGGCUGAGAGGUCUGGUAGGGCUGAGCUUGCGAGAAGAUCAACAUGCCUUUGGCUAGAGAUUUACUACAUCCGUCCUUGGAAGAGGAAAAGAAAAAACAUAAAAAGAAACGCCUAGUACAAAGUCCAAAUUCUUACUUUAUGGAUGUAAAAUGUCCAGGUUGCUACAAGAUCACCACGGUUUUCAGCCAUGCUCAGACAGUGGUUCUUUGUGUGGGUUGUUCAACAGUGUUGUGCCAGCCUACAGGAGGAAAGGCCAGACUCACAGAAGGUAUAUCAUUUGGCAUUCUCCAACCCAGUGUUGAGAUUGAUUAUAAAUGUCUCUAUCUUCACUGAAAAGUUUAAAGAAAUCUUAAUGAUUACCAAAAUAACUUAUCUUUCAUUGUGUGCUUUCGGUAAAGAAUGCCCUGUUCAAAUGGUUAUAUUUAUACUCUUGACCUUGCAGUGAACUCCAUUGACUUAUUUUUCUUGGUUUAGAACACAUUUAUUCACUUAGUUUGCUGAACUUGGAAUCAAUUAAAUCAGAAUAGAAGCAAAAGAAUAACUACAUGUUAUAGGACAUACGGAUUUAUUAUUUAUUUAUUUAUUUAUUUUUUUAUUAGGAGUCUCGUUCUG